AUGAGCGAGCUCACCAUAGAAAAAAUCUACGGCACGUCGUCCGAGACUCCCGCUCAGUUUGUUGCGCAAGAUGACUAUAUUGCGUACACGGCCAGCGGCGGCGUUGUGGUGAGCAAGGUCGACAAAGAACUCAAGGUCCAGUGGCAGAAGUUCUUUUGUGCCAAUAAUGUGCUAGUGACACCGAAAACAAACAAACUCGAUGAGUACGGGUUUCCGCUUGGCGGAGACCCAGAGCUGGUCUCCCGCGAUGGCUCUCUGACUGCUGAGGAGUCAAGAGAUAAUCUGUACGAGUCUCCUAGCGCCCGAACUCUCAAGAUACGCAAGUCAGACGACGCUGGCUCGUCCCCACUGGCCAACAAGGUGAGGUCUAUCAACUGCAUUGCCAUUUCUCCUGACAAGAAGCUGCUUGCGGUGGGGGAAGUAGGCUACCAGCCACGGAUCCUAGUGUACUCUCUUGCAAGAAACUGCUCGUGUCGCCCAAUUUACAUCAUUCAGGAACACCAGUUUGGAAUCAACUCGCUUUGUUUUUCCACAGACUCGAAAAAACUAUGCUCCCUGGGGUUGGUUAACGAUGGGUUCCUGAUAGUGUGGAAAUUCACCAAUAAACGCUUUGUGUUCAGGGGAAGUAACAAGUGCUCGUCGAUAGUCAACAAGCUGUUCUGGCACGACGACCAUAUCAUCACCGUUGGACUGCGCCACAUAAAGGUCUGGAGAGAGGAUUCGGCCCGGGCGGGUACAAUCUUGAAGGGAAGAAACGUGCUGCUGAAGAACUUUCUCAACUCAAACUUCAUUGACAUUGACUGUCUUAACUUCUCAGAGCUCAUUGUGAUGUCUGAUCAGGGCGAUCUGGGGCUCAUGAACUUGGACGAUGAGUCCAUUGUUCUUCGCAAAAUAUACCAACUGCCAUCAGAUACCAAUCAGUUCAAGAUCGACCAUAUCCAUGAAAACGUGAUAAUAGGCGGCAAGGAGCUCAACAUUAUACCCUUGAACGAGGUAUUUACGGCUCCUAUUAAUGAUACCAUUCGUCCAACCCCAAGCUCACCUACCAAAAUUGUCAAACGUUCGGGAAUAAUGGCUAUGCAACCGUUGUUCGAUUUUGAGACCCUGGUGUAUUUGCAAGAUGAACAAAUUCUUUACGUGGACUUGCGGGAAACAGGAAGCCCAAAAGUUCUCAUCAGUUCGCUGGCCUCGAAACUGAACGGAUUGAAGCGCUGUUUUAACGGUGACGUUCUUCUGUGGACCAAAGAUGGUAUAGUGAAACGUUUGGAGAAUAAAGAGUUUGCCUUGCUUCAUUCGAUCACUCUGCCUCCUGGGGACUUGCUUGAUAAUGCGCUGAGCGCUUUGGACUGCAGCAGCCAGGAUCUCGUAUUGGGCGAUCGGUUUGGCACUCUGGUCUUCCUGCAAAAAAGGGAAGAUUUCAUCAGAGGGUACAGAGAAACGAUGAGAGUGCGUGCACAUGAGUCCAGCAUCAAUGACAUUAUAAUGUUCACAGUUGAGGAUUAUACAUUUGCUGCGUCGUGUUCCCGGGACAGAACCAUUCAGCUAUUUAUGAAGAAAGGGUCAGAGAGCUGGUCGCUGUUCCAAACUCUGACUGUUCACAAGGGAAAUGUGAUUAAGAUGCUAUUUACAAAAAUUAUGCUUAUUGCACUGUCUUCUGACCGCACUCUUUCUGUCCACAGGCUUGAAAUCAAGGAAGAGGGCCCUGUUCUUGUACAAGAGAAGAUCAUUUCGAUCAAAACUUCCGCGCUGACAUUUGGCGUCACACCGGAUGAGCUGGUUGUUGCCACAAAUGACAAAAAUAUACUCAUUUACAGCCUGACCACAUUUGAAUAUAUGAGGUCCAUGAAACUGUUCAACAAGAGUUUUGACCCACUUCAAGUGGACAAUUUCGAGAUUCACGACGGACUGAUGUUCACCUCGUCUCCUGACAAAUGUAUUCGUUUAUUUCAUUUCAAGGAUGGAAGGUUGCUGAGCUCUCAAUGGGGCCAUUCCGAGACAAUCAUCGGUCUGCUAUUCGACAGCGACUCGAAUUCUGUCAUGACUGCAAGCCACGACGGAUGCAUGUUCAGCUGGACGCUCGGCAGUGGAGUCACGGGCUCUGACUCGUUUUUUUCGUCGCCGCUUACAUCCAGCCACACUCAGGACCUAGUGUCGCCGCCCAAGGUUGUGAGAAAAAUCAUUUCCAGACCCGAGCUGACCCCGAUGAAACCCAGCGUCCAGAACAAGCCGUCCAAAUCGCCUUCGACGGUGCUUCCUGCUGCCAAGCUGUCAGCUAACGACUCGCCGACUUUUAGCCGCACACCCUCUGUUUGCUCCGCCAAACAGGCUCGCUCCAUCUCUUCGCGCUCAGAUAUCUCGCCCACUUCCAACGUCCGCUCUCGUUUGGCCGGAAUGAGAUUGGAUAAGCCCAAGCCCGAGUCUGCAACAGACAUAGCCGACAAGAUCGUGAUGGAUUUGCGCAGGUUGCAAUCAAGACUUCUUGACGACGACGAGAUCAACCCUUCUUUGGCCGACCGUCUGCGCGUGCAGAUGAGCAAGACCAUGAAGCUGCUUCCUGGCCAUGAUGAGAACCUGCUGGAUCAAUACGGCUCCGCGCUGGUCAGCAGGCUGGUAGACACUCUUCGAAAGGAGCGCGACAAGGACAACCUAGAAAAUGUAUAG